AAGAAAACUCGGUAAGAUCAGGAGCAAAACGUGGGGAGAUCGGAAAUACUCGAUGAUGACUGUGGAGCAACCGGCCCGGUAUCAGCCGCACCUGCAACCAAUCAACAACCAUGACCGAUGUAGAAAUGCGUGCACGUAUUCUUUUGCUGACUGGAUCCAAGGACGAGGACUGGGUGCGAAUUGAAAGCAACGAUGGGUUUUCUUUUCUAGUUCGACGACGCGUCGCCAAUAUCAGUGGAACAAUCAAAAAUUCUCUUGACACUGAAAGCGGUUUCUCGGAAGCGGAAUCCAAAACUUACGUAGCAAGAGAGUACCGUGGCCUCAUCUACAUGUGUUUCAAAGCACACUAUGAAAAGGUUGGUCCUAAGGAGGAGGUACCUGUGAACGAGUUUCUUGAACGAAUUCCUCCGGAGAUUGUAUUAGAGUUGCUUUUGGCUGCAGAUUAUCAAGAAAUGUAACACAUACUGCUGUUUCUGUAUUCGACCUCUGUACUAUCUACCGCAUACGUGUAACAUAUACAACGGCCCGUGUUCAUGGUCAUGUCUGUCAUCGAUUUCUCAGAGCACCACCACAAGCAAGGA